AUGCUGCUAUCAAAUCAAGAGCUUGUUGAGUCCGCCAGGACACAUCCUGAAGUCGCGGCGUUCUACGCAAAGCACCCGCAGCCACCACCUCGGAAGGAUCUACUGGUCGCUCGCGCAGAAUUGCGGGCACUCAAUGAUGCCAACCUGAGGCGUAUAGGCCCUCCGCCUUCUGGAAUCGAGGAAUUCUACCACGACAUUGAGAUGAGAGACGGUUUCAACAGCACACUCAAGAUAUGCAAACCCACCAAUACUGCGCCAGGACCUCUUGUAGUGCUCUUGUUUGGUGGUGGUUUUAUUGCUGGCGAUAAGGACCAACUCACAGAGACUGCUAGGAUUUGCGCCCAGCUCUAUUCCGCUACGGUAGUCAAUUUGAGUUAUCGACUCGGACCAGAACACAAGUUUCCAUAUGCACAAAACGACGCCUUGGAUAGCUUGGAAUGGAUUGCAAAGAACGCUACAACACCGCUCCUGGCGGCGGACCCCACAAUAGGUUUCCUGAUAGGCGGCGUCUCUGCAGGAGCAGCAAUUUCCGCAGCGUUGUCGAGAAAGUUUCAGGAAAGGAGUCUAGCAUAUCCGUUGACCGGUCAAUGGCUUGCAGUCCCUUCGCUGAUGCAUGAAGGAUGUUGUCCACCAAAGUACAAGACCUGCUACAUCUCGCUGACGCAGAACUCCUCGUGCCCCCGACUUGGCCAAGAGACUCGCGACAGAAUAAUGGAGGCCGUGCGGUGGGACAAAGACUCUGAUUUGCGGUAUGCGGCCAAUUCGAAGACACCAAUGGCUGGCCAACCUCGAACGUACCUUCAGGUCGACGGCCAGGAUCCACUUCGUGACGAUGCACUCAUCUACGAUGAGAUGCUCAGGGAGGCUGGGGUGAAGACCAAGCUGGAUCUGUAUCCCGGGUGUCCCCAUGCACAUUGGUCUUCUAUGAGGGGCCUAGAAAUCGGUAAUAAAGCGCUCAUAGACACUGUCGUCGGGCUGGGGUGGUUGUUAAACAGGAAGGUGCCCCGGGAAGUGGCAGCAGCCGCUUUGAAAGUAUCUGUGGCCUCGUGAUGGGCGGAUUGUGAAAAUUGAUGAACUUGAAUUUACUUCUCCGGUGUGUGUCAUAGUCGGCGUUGACGGCAGCGGGACCACACGAUGCCGAUGACGGCAUGUCGCUGUGGUGAGUGGCGUUUGAAUUGGCGAAGCAGAACGAAUUCGAAAGCAGUGGAGGACUGGGGGAAGCAGGGAGGAGAACGGGAGUAUCGGACCUACCCGUGGCUCAGCCCAAUCACAUCGUAGACUAUAGAUUUGGCCUCU